CCCACGUCACAACCCUGGUUGCUCCGCGGAGAAGGGCGCGAGAUAGAAAUUGUAGAGCGCGGACGGAAUGAUCGUUCCGCCGCAGCUGAUUGUAGCCAGGCUGCAGAGUUUAGCUCCAACAUCGAACUUGCCGCACCGCUGCCGCAUUGUUUAACAUUCAGACAGCGGAGCGAUAUCAGCGGAGUUCAUUGGCGCAUGACGUGCAGCGGCGGCGGGCUGACCGUAAACAAGAGGAAAACAGGGACAUGUCCUGGUUGCCGCGCGGGGAGGAUGGAGACGAAGCCAUGCAGCAGGACACCGAUUCCGACGUGGCCGAGCAGAGGGACGGAGGGAAGGGGAAGGUGAAGUGGACGCAGGAGGAGGACGACCAGCUGAAAGCACUGGUCCAGACGCUGGGCUCCGGUGACUGGAAACAGAUAGCCAGCUACAUCCAAAAUCACACAGAGCAGCAGUGUCAGCACCGCUGGUACAAGGUCCUGGAUCCAGAACUGGUUAAAGGUCCGUGGACCAAGGAGGAAGACGAGAAGGUCAUAGAGCUUGUGAACCGCUACGGCAACAAACAGUGGGCAAUAGUGGCCAAGCAUCUGAAGGGCAGGCUGGGUAAACAGUGCAGAGAGCGCUGGCACAACCACCUCAAUCCCAACGUGAAGAAGUCGUCGUGGACUACAGAGGAGGACCUCAUCAUCUACAAGGCUCACUGCCUGCUGGGAAACCGCUGGGCCGAGAUCGCCAAGCUGCUACCUGGAAGGACGGACAAUGCUGUCAAAAACCACUGGAACUCCACCAUCAAGCGCAAGCUGGAGAUGGGCUUCUACGCCCGGGAGGUGUUCAGACCCAACGAGCUUGAGGAGCUGUUGGCGCGCUUAAAUAAAGACACGCAGGGCGCCAGCGGCUCUCAGGACGCUCCAGGCCAAGAGGCAGAGCAUCAGCCAUGCCUCUCUGAAACUCCGGCUCCCGCUGCCGAGUCUCCCAGCGAAGCAGAGCCGUCCAAAGCCGUCUCCUUCCUCAAGGACGGUUCCAGCGACAAGACCGAAGAGGACAGCAGCGAGGAGCCGAGCGGCACCAACUGGGUGGUGGACGGCUCUGGGUUUCUCUCCCCGAAUGGCCCCGCGCUGAAGGAAGUGCUCGACAUGGUGGACGGGGACCUGGACGGCUGGUGCAACCUGGCGGCGUUUGACCUCCCCGAAGACAGCCCCAGCCCCGAGCGGCACCAGUUCCGCCUGGAGGGCAGCGCCCUGCAGGAGCUGAGCAAAGGCAGCAAGGGGGAGCUCAUCCCCAUCUCCCCCGGAGGGAUCAGCCCACCGUCCAUCCUGACCCGCCGCGGCCGCAGACGCGUCACCUUGUCUCCGGAUAGCCGUCACUCUAUGACACCCAAGAGCACUCCUGUCAAAAUCCUGCCCUUUUCUCCGUCUCAGUUCCUGAACCUGUGGACGAAGCAGGACUCUCACGACCUGGAAAACCCGUCCCUUACGUCCACGCCAGUGUGCAGUCAGAAGGUCAUUGUGACCACGCCGCUGCAGCGAGACAAGACCCCCCUCACCCAGAAAGAGAACUCAGUGUUCGUUACACCCAACCACAAGUCCGAGAUCUGCACAACCCCACGGACUCCGACGCCGUUCAAGAAUGCCAUGGAGAAAUACGGCCCGCUGCAGCCUCUGCCUCAGACUCCAAACCUGGAAGAUGACAUCAACGAGGUCAUCCUGAGAGACGCGGGCAUAAACCUGGUCGUGGUCCAGGCCACGCCACCGGAUCAGAGGCGCAAAUCAGCGCACCGGCCCCCUAUGAAGAAAGUACGGAAGUCACUGGCUCUGGACGUCGUGGACUGCCAGGCGAUGCCAACGUCCAAACGCAAAUCCAGCAAGGCUGAAGCCAAGCGAAACAUCAAGGAGGAGCCUGUUACCGUUUGUCUCAACUCCUCGUCGUUUUGCAGCAAGAGGCAUGAAAACAUAUUAGACCAGGGCUUCCUGUUGGGACCGAGUGAUACCACCAUAUUUCCCAGCGCAGGGCCUCCAGCGCCUAUGUCAAAAGAAUGGAAGAAAGUCGUUUGCGGGCAAACUAAAGACCAGCUCAUAAUGACGGAGAAAGCCAGACGCUACCUCCGCUCUGCCAACGGCCGUCCUCCCACCCGGGCGCUGAUUCUGUCCUGAGAUCCGUCUGUCUCAUACGGGGGGGGGGAGGGGGUAAAAGAGAUAAUGUGUAGUAUAAAAACAAUGAAGCAGGAAUCCAGACACCGACAGUUAAAAUAACUCAGAGUUUUGGUUUUAGAUGUUGGCUCCUCAUGAACCCCUCACUUAUGAUUGUUGUUGAUCUAUACUUGUUAAAAAAAGAGCGGUGCUUGUAAGCAUAACAAAUCAAGUGUAAAGUGUUGCCAUCAGUGAAAAGUCUGGGUUUUACAUGCAUAAUGUAUCGGAAAAGUAACAGUUUUGACGUGUAAAGUACAAGCACUCAGGGUAGCAUCACCAUGUCUAGUCAUUGUAUGGAGAAGAUGUAGACCGGCUGAUCAAUGGUAGGUUGAGCGAUGAUGUUGUUCUAAGACCAAACAAACACGGGGAGAAACCAACAUGUUGCAAAGUUAAAUGAAUAGUUCAUGAAUAAAGUUGACCUAUUACUACCUAUUAGAGGGGGGAAAAACUGGUUGGGCCCGGUAAGUUUUAUGCUGCCAAAGUCCUGAAGCAGAGAACUUCACUGAGCACUGUGGACAAGGUUGACUUGUUUGGCACUCUGUAAAUAUAUUUAGUCUAAUGUUUUAACUCUUGUGACAUUUUGUCUUGAGUUGGAAUAAAAAAAAACAUUUGCAUGUUCA